CGCAAACUGUAAUUUUAUACAUUUGACAUCUUAAAUGGGCCUUCCGAGCGCCACCUCAUUCUCUCAUCACAUGCAACGCCCGCUCAUCGAUGACUCGUACAUUUUGUAGCGCAAGGGGUGGUUACAGCUAGUAGUGAAGGCUUGUGUGUGGACAUUAGCUAGCUAGCCAGCUAACGGUAGCUAGCUAACAUAUUGUGGAAUUGAAGACGCUUUUCAAGAACAGAUUUUCGAUACGAUUGCCCCACUUGACAGUAGCUAGAAUAUCUACGAGGAAUUGGACAAUAUACAAAUCUGCUACCUAAACUUACGUUGGCUCGCAUGUCUCUGCUAAGAUUUGCUAGCUAGUUAGUUAGCUAACAAGAAAGGAUAUUGCUGCGACUUAGUCAACAUCUACCUAGCCCAGAUUUAUUUUAAGAUUCUUAGUAAUCGGUGCCAUAUCUAACUUUGCACGUCUUGGUGUUCAGCCUUUGUUGGUGCAAUUUGUAAUUUUUUUUUGCAAGGAACCAAAUCAAAACCAACGCUAGCUAGCCAACAACGUUGGAGAAAAAACAAUCACGACGCAAGACUGGGUAACGUUAACUGGUGUCCUAGGUAACGUUAAGAUAAAUAGCUAGCCAGCUAACGUUAACGUAGCUGUCUAAAAAGCAAGAAAGGGAAGACGCUAUAGUUGUCCAAAAACGGGGUGUAGAUAUUUUUAUCCUGGUUGCUGAGGAACACCGAUAAAUCCAUUGACAUGAUGUUUCCACAAUCAAGACACUCGGCUUCCUCCCAGUCCUCCCAGCCUCUCAAGUUCACCACCUCUGACUCCUGCGACCGCAUCAAGGAUGAGUUUCAGUUCCUACAAGCACAAUACCAUAGCUUGAAGAUGGAGUGUGACAAGCUAGCUAGUGAGAAGUCAGAGAUGCAGCGUCAUUACAUCAUGUACUACGAGAUGUCUUAUGGACUGAACAUUGAAAUGCACAAACAGGCUGAGAUCGUGAAGAGACUAAGCGGGAUCUGUGCUCAGGUUCUCCCCUACCUAUCUCAAGAGCACCAGCAGCAGGUCCUAGGGGCCAUAGAGAGAGCCAAGCAGGUCACUCCUCCUGAGAUGAACUCUAUCAUACGGCAGCAGCUCCAGGUACACCAGUUAUCUCAGCUUCAGGGCUUGGGCCUCCCCACGAUGGCCCCUCUCCCCAUGGGUCUGUCUGCUCCCAGCCUCCCCCCAACCUCCAGUGCCGGACUGAUGUCCCUGUCCUCCAUCCUGGCCUCGCACUCCCACUCACAGGCAGCACAUGCACAGGCUCAGGCCCAGCUGGCUAAAGAAGACAAGGCCAGAGACGCAGCAGAGAGAGAACAGAGGGAAGAGGAUGGAGACAAGUCUGACUGAUGGUGGAGUGUGGAUGGGAAGGAGUGGAGAGCGGGCCGAGGGUGAGACAAGUUGGACUGAUGGACAACCAGGAGUGGAUCUACUGUGGGAGGGCUAAGGGGAGGGGGGGUGAGUUGAGUGUUCAUACAGUAGGUGUCACCCUGUGGUUCAGGUCUUUAGAGUUAUUCUCUGGGCAUCCACUCCAUCGCUUUCUUAUCCUUCUUUUUCAUCUUCUAUUAUCAUCAAAUCAGUUCGUCACCAAGCCAGUUGGACAGAUCUCCUCUGUCUGACUCCUUCCUCUUCUCCUUUCCUCUCCUCCUCUGUUCACUAUUGCUGCUGACAACCCAUUGCCAACAGAUACUACCCUGACCUCUAACCCAGAGAUGUGGACUCGAGUCACGUGACUUGGACAUUUUAUGACUUGACAUUUUAUGAAGCACCCCGCUCUCCACUGUCCUGCGAUAUUUAUUUAGCAAACGUGAUAACACAUCACUCCCAACAAACAAAAGCAAGAACUCUUAACAGAAAUGUUACAGCAGCCUACACCUAAACUGUAUGGGAAGAAAACGAGAUGACUUCUGUCUGAUCAACUAGGCUACUGACAACAACCAGGUGGUAAUGUUAUGUAGCCUAUUUUAUAGACCGUUUAUUUGUGUUAGGAGAAAAUGUGAUCAAAUUUGGUUUAAUCUAAAUUCAAACUUGGACUGGCUAGGCUACCUUGACCUUUUCAAACCAAAACUAUUAACUGAAAUUAAUCAAACACUACUGAUUUUACAUGGACUGUGUGAGUUACUUUUGAAUUAAAGUUGCAGAGGCCUACACGAUGUAAACCUGCAUAAAGCCAGCUUAGCCCUGUGAGUUGUAUUGUCCAAUUGCAAUUGUUGUGUCUGUAGAGGAAACCCUUGUUAGUCUAGUUUUUAAAUAUAAUUAAUGUGAACAAGUACAGGGUUGGUGCAGUUUGACGGGGGUUUUCAUCCUCCCUAGGGCCAGGAGUAAAAAAAAUAAUAAUAAUAUUGGGGCCAACUCACAUUGUCCAUAUAAAAACCAUUUUACAAAUGAUUAAUGACUGUCAUACCCUAUAAAGUCUUUAUACCUGGUUAGGUUACCAGAUUAGGGAAAGGUCUAAGCCCCAGGGAAAACUAUUUGCCCUACCACUCUGGGACCUGCCACCUCUGCAUCAGGGCAUCUGGAUCAGCCCCAAAAUUCGUUGCGUUCAGUUUGAAAGACUGUGGGGGGGGGGGGGUCCAAAAUCAUUGCAGUUGCAAUGAAAUUGGCAUAAAACACUUAACCUUUGACUUGAGGACUCGAAACCCAAAAUUAGGAACUUGACUCGACCUGAGCUGUGGGACUUGACUUGAGACUUGCCCGUUAUUUCUUGGGACUUGACUCAAAGCUUAAAACUUGAGACUUGCCGUUAUUUCUUGGGACUUGACUCUAAGCUUAAAACUUGAGACUUGKCGUUAUUUCUUGGGACUUGACUCAAAGCUUAAAACUUGAGACUUGCCUGUUAUUUCUUGGGACUUGACUCAAAGCUUAAAACUUGAGACUUGCAAAAUUGUGACUUGGUCCCAUCUUAGCUCUAACCCUUUAACCCCUGACCUCUGUUCCUCUUCUCCUAGUAGAAGUUGCCCUUAAGCUCAGAUUUAAACGAUCAAAACAUUACUGACCUUUGAUCAGUGUCUAGGGACAACUUCCUCCUGUAGGUCUCUGCUGAUUUGGCUGCAGAGUUACUGCUAACUCUGCUCACUGAUCUCAUAGACAGUGUUCUGAAAGGGCCACUUGAAUAAGACAGUCAAGUGUAAAAGUCAUAGGAGCUAGAGUGUGUGUGCAAACUUAAGUUUUAUUUUUAUGAACCACCUUUCGUAUUCUCCCUCCCGCCCCUGUCUGUCCACUCUCUUAACUGACCAAGUCUAUGGUCCAGUCCCAAAUCAACCCCUAUCCCCUAAGCACUUUCCCCUAGACAGAGGAAGUGUCCGAGGGGUAAGGGUUGAUCCUGGACGGGGCCGAAAUCUAACGGGACCUAAACUUCACAUCAAUCAUGUGCUCAUUCAGAUCAGAURCUAUUGGUGGAAAGAGAGAGGAAUAUAUUUGCAUAUGUCGUUCUGUUGGGGUUAGCAUAGCACUUGGAGCUAGAAUGUGUGGUGAGCGAGCCUGGUGCCAAACCAUUGAACACAGCUGUAGCGCACUAACCUAUUACCUACCCUCAGACGCGUAACUGUCUUUCUAAUUCAAGUCGAUAAAUUUUAGUUCUUCUCCAGGACAGUAGGUGGCAGCAAUGCCACACCAAAGCCAAACCAGACCCAGGGCUGUAUUCAAUCAAACCCCAUUACAGUAUUUACACACACUUUAUUCCCCCCCAAUGGAUUAAUUAAAAUCACAGGACCCUAAAAACCUACUACUACUGCCAGGUAGACUCCCCUCACAGGUAGAUGCUUCAAGUUUUCAGAAUAAGAAGUGUGAUUUUGGGCAGUAGUUUGUAAACCAAGACACUGUAAACUUUGCUAUUGCAGGUUUGAUUGCAUUUAGAGCAAAACUUGGACAUGAAUGGUUUGUGUGUUUCUGUUGUGAAGGGCCCAUUUAUAUAACUAUAUCAAUAUACAUAUAUACUUUUUUAAGCAUUUUUGUAUGUUUCAAAGCUGCUUUUAGUGUGUAUGCGUGUGAUGGAAGACGACGUUUCAGUGUAGCGUGUGUAUUAUCUGAUGUGCUAUGGAAAGAGGUACUAUCCAAUACCCCCCCCUCUCCUGCCCCCUUGACAAUGCUGAGGAAAUGUCGCCUCCUUGUUGAGCUUUGUAAAUGUAAUUUUUUAAACUCUUAAUUUUUGUCAUUGUAUGUGAAACUUCAUAAGUGUGUACUUGGCGAUAAUGUAUGUCAUUUGUGUUAUGAAAAACCAAUACUUAUAGCUUCAUUUAAAAGAAAAGACGUGGCGGGGAAAAGUCACAUCUAAUGUAAACCAACCAAACAGAAACAUUGACUACACAACAUGACUGAAAGAAGCGCUCGGCAGUAAGGAAAUGUCUAUGGUGCCUUACAAAUAAAUGACUCAACGGAGA